AUGUAUGGUCCUCAUCCCCAACCUUCACCCCUUGAAUGGAGUUUGGAAGACUUCUUGAAGCACCACCCCGCCAAGUUUGAUGGCAAGACGAGUCCCGAUCAGGCGGACCAGUGGAUGAAGGAUAUGGAGCGCAUCUUUGAUGCCAAGAGGUGCCCCGAUGAAAGCAAGCUUGCUUUCACUAUCUACAUGCUCACAGGAGAGGCUGAGCAUUGGUGGGCCAGCAUGAGGCUAGUGAUGGAAGAGAAGCAUGAGGAUAUCACAUGGGAAGCCUUCAGGAGGAGGUUUCUUUCAGAGUAUUUCCCUGAUAGCGUGAGGUACGCUAAGGAGGUAGAGUUCCUCCAGCUGACACAGGGGAACAAAUCAGUAGCAGAGUACGCCGAGAGAUUCAAGCAUCUGGGGCGUUUCUACACCAUCCCGCUCGAUGAGGGUUGGCGCUGCAGGAAGUUUGAGAAUGGUCUCAGAGGAGACAUCCGCUUGAUGGUGGCCCCGCUGUCCAUCAAGGACUUUGCAACCUUAGUGGAAAAGGCCAAGGUCAUGGAGCGUAUGAAGGUAGAGGUGGAAGCCCAACAGCAGCCACAACAGAGAGUUAGCGGACCAUCUGGGUCCAAGCCACGAGUUGAAGAGAAGAGGAAGCCAUAUGCUAGACCUUACCCACAGCCACAGGGGUCUAGAGGUUUUUCUUCCCCGCCCAGCAGGAUCCAGUGCUAUCAUUGCGGAGGGCCGCAUGGGAAGAAUUUUUGCCCGCAGCUAUCAUGUUUCCGUAGGUGCAACCAUUGUGGCAGGGAUGGCCACUUUGGUAGAGAUUGUCCCACCCUGAGGAGGACUGUGGCACGACCCUCACCACAGACUCCGAGCCAGACGUCUGGUCAGACUCAGCAGAGGAGAGGAGGUAGCAGGCCUUAG